AUUUCAUAAGAAGAUAUUGUUAACCCUUUGUAUCUUCUAUUUAUUAAUGAAACACUAAUUUUAUUAAAUUAUUUUAUGUAAACUAUUUUGUGUCUACUAUUUUUUAUUAUUAUUUUAGAUCCUAUGAACAUCAUGCAAUAUAAGUUAUCCAUGUAAUUUUGAUAGAGCAAGAAAUCUCAUUAGCAUCCACAUAAUCAAUCUUCUGCUUAUCCAUUUUAGGUUACCUUAGCAAUGUUCUAGCAUAACCAACCAGAAAUAGAACUAUCAACUAUCAUUAAUUUAUUACAAUAAUAUUUUUAGCAAAUUUAACCGCAUAUAAAUAUAAUUGAUAUUUAGUAGAGGGCUAAAUAAUAAAUAUCCUCUGCAAAACGAAUAUUUUUUUUACCUAAUAACAACAUAGACGAAUAGUGAAAGUUGCAAACUUCAGUACAACUCAAUUCGUUCCAUCUUAUAAAUUCCUCAAUCAUGAAUUAGAUUGAUGCAUCAAUCCACGCUAAGAAAACAAACAAAUAACAUUGCACACUUUAAGAAAUUGAAAGAACAUCGAUAUAGACAACCCAAUGACCACCACUACCACUUUAUUUCUUAUUUGUGACCUUUAUAAAACUCCACAUCCCUUCUAUUUAUAACCCCCUGCUACUUACUACUUACUGACUAUAUCAUCAUUGUAAAGCUAGCUAGUAGCAAGCCACUCAUGAACAUAAUAUAUAUAUAAAAACAUCCUAUGAUGGAACAUGGUAAGGUGACAAUCCUCACAAUUUGUUUUCCAUUUUAGCAUCCGAUGAAUAAUAUAUAAGAGAAAUGCUAGAUAUCUCGAACUUUUGAGCAAAGAAGAAAAGAUUUUUGUUUGUUUUACAGGGCUUGACCCACUCAAUUAAUUUUAUUCUUUUUAAUGAUGGGUUUUAUUUUUAGAGAGCUAAUUUAUAAGAAAAAAAUGUAUAGAAACAAACUAAAAGGUUGCAUUCAUUGUUAUUAACUUAAAUUUAUGUAUUAUUAAUGAUAAUGACGAUUGAAAGUGUUAACAUAAGGCACGUCAUUUAUAAUUAGAAUUUGCCCACCAUGAAAAGAUGAGAGCUAUCCAUGUGCUGAUGUGGCAGUAAUUUAGUUUUGAAUAAUACGUAAAGCGAAGAUGAAAGACAAUGGUAGAUCAAGUCGGGCAAUUUACAACCCUGCCACCAUAAUAUGAAAGUACUUAAGAAAUUGAAAGAAGAGUAGAACCCGACCAGUUAAUCACAAGCAACCAAAUACCGUUGGAGAAGAGAGGUCAGUUAUCAGCUGCGGAUCACGGGAGAAUAGCGAGUUGUCGAUAAUACUUGGCUUGGUUUACUUCGUAUUUGCAAUGAUAAGAACUUUUUUGCCAAUAGGAACAAUAUAUUACAACUACUCAAUUGUUUCUCAUCUAAUUGCUGCCUCUAGUAACUGACGCAAUGAAAAAAACUCUAUAUGUCUUACCAUUUUCCUUACAUUUUGAUGUAUCUAUGCAUAAAAUAGUAGAGAAGAAAACAGAAAUGCUAGAAAUCUCAAAAUUUUGAGUAAAUAAGAAAAGAGUUUUGUUUGUUUUAUAGGGUUUGACCCAAUUUCUAUCUUUUAUUUUUUCCAAUUUCCAAUUUUAUUUAGAUCAUUACACUGGAAAAUCAAUAGAAACAAACCAAAAGAUUGCAUUCAUUGUUAUUGACUUAAUGCACAUUUUAAUGAUAAUAAUGAUGAUUUUAAGUGUAAGGAAAAAAUUUAUAAUUAGAACAUGUCCACCAUGGAAGAAUUAGAGUCAUCCAUGUGCUUAUGUGGCAAAGAUUUAGUUUUGAAUUCCUAUAAUAUUAAGUAAGGAUGAUCUGAAUCGUCACAAGAAUGACAACAAAAGGAAAAUAUAAUUCGCAACUUACAAGGAACGACCUUCUAGUCUAGGUUGGAACAAAAGAUGUGAGAGUGGUCAUGGGUCAUAAUUCAGAAGAAGGUUCCAAGAAAAUAUAAUUCCCAGAAAGAGAGGAAAUAGCGAAUGCCAGUCCACUUUGGGUGGCCGCCAGCAGCCGAUUCCCAAAUUAAUUUUCUCUGCCAAUUACUCCUCAUUUGGUUUGAUUAGUCAUUAGUUUAUAUGAAUUUUGUCAAGCACCUGGCUCCCUUCUCGUCUCUCGAUGCUUACGAUUACGAAAGAGUAUGAUUGGGGCCCCCGUCAACAAACAACCUUUGUAUCUUCCCUUUCAUACUGUCAACAAAUCACCAUUCCGUCAUUUCUCCUAAUGAAAUAAAUCCUCUAUGAGAUGAAACUCCCCUAAAUUUGCUACACAUAGACAGAUAAAUGAUUUAAGAUGUUUAAACUUAAGCAAACAACUACCAAGCAAAUCUGAAAAGUCAAGCAUAAUAUCAACUUGAAGGAUUAUACUAUCAUUCAAUCUCUUUUAAGAAUGUCAAAGACUUUGAUAAUAUAGCACUCCCUCAACAAUUGUAACAUGAGCAGAUAUUCCGAGUCACUAACUACAAAGUGGUUCGUAUGCCAAUAGCAUUGGUUGAGGAAUUGAGCCUAGUUAAAAUUAGGAUUGAGUCCAAACAAACAAGCAACUCUCUUCUUGAAAUUUGAAAUAUUUAUGGACACUUAUGACGAUUAGGAUUGAAUGGCCUCCUACCAACAACGCUUCUCUAUUCGUUGCCUAGCACUCGAUACUGGGGGUUUGACUUCGUCUCCUGCGCUCGCGGUGCCUCCGAGAAAACCAAGUAGUGUAGCGGGAUUUAACCUUGAUACCUCACACAUUUCAAACCCGAAAGAUCACACUCCCGACCAACUCAAUUGUGUUACCUUUAACAACAUCAAUGCAACUUAAUUAGAAAACAAACACGAGGAUUCACCAUACAAAACAGGGUCAAUAAUAUAAGUUUGUGAAACUUUUGUUAAGCCUACAUAAUUGAGUGACUAAAUCAGUCAUCUGCUCAAUAGAAGGAAAAAGAAAAAAAAAAAAAAAGUUCAACGAACGAUUUCCACGUUGGCUGGCAAACUCGGAAAUUCAAAUGCCUUCUUCUUUGACCAGUUUUCCAGCACUCAAUAGUCUCCCACUUUAUAAACCAAAAAUCCCUUCCAGCAAAUUUCCUUUCCCCUCAAAACAGCCCGUAACAUCUUCAUCCCCUGUUCCAACCACCACCGUGUCCACCUCCUCCGCCCCCUCGCCGUCGGCGCCUCUUCUCCCAAAGUCGCCGGCUUUUCCUAUUUCCUUAUCUGGGUCGUUGCUAUUUUCAGAAGAAAACCAACAGAGAUAUUUUCUCAGUCAAACAAUUGAAAUGCCUCCGGCAGCCGCUACGAUGUUUUCUCGUCCAGGGGAAACCCCUAAUUUCUACAAGAUUAUGAAUCCGGUCUCUGAUAUCGUCACAAUCGACGUCGGUGGCCAAAUCUUCCAGACGACCCGGCAGACCUUGAGCCUCGCCGGCCCCAAAUCGCUCUUCUGCCACCUCACAGAGUCAACCGGGCUCGCCCCUCGGUUCAUCGAUCGGGACCCGGAGCUUUUCUCCGUCCUACUUUCCCUCCUCCGCACCGGGAAUCUUCCCUCCAAGGCUAAAGCUUUCGACGUCGAGGAUUUGGUCGAAGAGUCGAAAUUCUACAACAUCGAGUCACUUCUCGUCGAUGCUUUGUCUCACCAUUCUCAUUUCGAGGCAUUCAAUCUCGAGAAAUCGCUGCUUUUGCCGCUCAACGGCCGGGAUUCGCCGUCCACCGUCGCCACGACGCCGUUGGGGACACUGCACGUCGCUCACGGCAGCAAAAUCACGUCGUUCGAUUGGUCGCUGCGGAAGAAGGCGACGAUUCUCACUCAAUUCACAGCGAUGGAUUCCCUAUUGGCCAUCUCCCCAAGCUUGGCAGCCGCCGGAGCCACUGAUUUCUCCGGAUUGCAGAUCCUCGACAUGGAGAAGGGUUUUGUCAGGGAAACCCUAAACUGGGAAAACGUGACGAAGUCCGGGUCAACGGUUCAAGCAAUCGGGUCCUCUCCGGGUCUUCUGUUCUCGAGCUUUGAGUCCAGCCGAAGGAACUCGAAUUGCAUCAUGGUGUACGAUUUGCAGACUUUCUCGCCCGUGACGCAGAUAGGCCAUUACGAGAUAUUCGGCGCCAAUCUUGAUUCCGCAAUCCCUUCCACGAAAUUGCAAUGGGUGGAGAGCUACAACGUGGUAAUGGCAUCCGGGUCACAUUCUGGUCCGUCGGGCAGAUUGGGUAACAUCAAGUUGUGGGAUAUAAGGUCUGGUAAUGUGGUAUGGGAAUUGAAGGAGAAAGUCGAUUGCUUUUCUGAUAUUACUGUCUCUGAUAGCCUUUCUGCAAUCUUCAAAGUUGGGGCGAAUUCAGGGGAAGUGUCCUAUAUGGACUUGAGGAAAUUGGGUGAUGAGGAAUCUAGCAAAUGGGUUUGUGUUGGCGAUGAAAGGAAAGUUGGGAAUGUCAGGAAGGAAGGAGUUGGCUGCAAGAUUGAAGCUCAUGGAAACCAAGUGUUCUGCAGCAAAGAAGGCAAUAUAGAGCUCUGGUCUGAGAUUAUGAUGGGCAGCCGGAGAGCCAGCGAACGGUUGCCUGACCGAGUGUUUAGGAAGAAUUUGAUGGGGAGAGUGAAGGACAUGGGAGGUGCAAGGAUAACCAAUCUGGGUUUUGGAGGGAAUAAAAUGUUUGUUACUCGUAAAGAUCAGCAAUCUGUUGAGGUCUGGCAGAGUUCUGCCAAGGGAUUUUGAUAUCUUUUGCAAACCUGGUGAAGUCACUGUGUUGGUUUGCUUCUGUACCAUAUUAGUUGUGUUGUAAAAUUCACAUUCUUUUCUUGAUUGCCUUCGUUUCUUAGAUGAUUAUGAUUAUGAAUCUGUAAAUGUGUCAUGUAAUUCAUAAGUGUGUUUAUAGAUAAGCUAGUUCCUCGAGGCUAUGAAUAAAAUCGUCAGUGAGGAAGUCUCAUGAAUCUGCAGAACUACUUCAUAUUCAUAUAAAAUCAGUUACUUUAUACGAUUUAUUUGGCUUUGAAGGUGAGGAACGUGUGCUCUUUGACUCUUUGUCUACUACCUUCUAUACCAAACUCUUCAUUCAAGACUUUACUGGUAUGAUUUGGUAGCUUUGUCUGUUAACAUGCUGCAAUCAUCUUUCUUUCAGCAGGGCACUUUGUUUGGUAAUUGGACGUUGGUAUGAAUCUUUCUAGCUCAGAGGCAAAACAUAAUCUCUUGGCAUUGCGUCCUGCAAUUAGGUUUGUCAUUUGUCCAGCAUCCAUGGAUUGUUGUUACUCCAAUUGUAACCUCCUCUUAGUUUGUACACUUUUGAGCUGGGAAGACUCCAAAGGCCGAGACUUGGUAUUCAUCCCAAUAUCCUUUGAGAGAAUGCCAGUUUGUCUCUUUGGUUGGCAUGUCUUUUGUGUAAUUGUGACUGUGUCUCCAUGCAAUCGGUGGUUUGAAACAGACAAGUGGCUUCCUGCCACUGGCUAGAGUCUGUAAGGAUAAAAUCCAGGAGUCAAGGUGGGAGAUGCUUCCUCUUGCCAUGAAGUAAUCAGAUUCCAUUUCUUUUAGCAGUCAGAAUCAUAUGCUUUUUUAACUCUUUUGCUGAACCUGUGCUGUUAUGUUAAUGAUUGGUUUCAGCCUAUUUCCGGGUUAAUGCUGUUGUUUUGUCUGGAAUGAACGAUGUUCGUAAAUGAUGCUUUCCUCUUCAUACAGAUAUUGAUUCAACCAUUUUCCAGGGAUGCUGAUUCCUUGGCAGGCUAGCACUUACCUUUCCCUCUUCUGAUUAAGUUAAUCAACUGAAUCAUGAUUUGUCUUUUCAGUACAUGGUAAUGCCAAUAUACUACCUUGUAUGUUAUUUACUUGAUUUUUUUCUUAAGCUACAUUACUCUUUGGCCGUGCACUUUUUUCAAACAACUCACGAUUCUGUGAAAUUAAUGUUUUUUUUUUUUUUUUUAUCACUGGAGUAUGUUGUUUUUUCAAACAGUUCUUCCCUCACCUUUUCCAUCCGAAAUUCAUUAUCGUGAAACCCACUUCGUGCGAAAUUUGCUAGAAAUUCUUCUAAAUUCGGUUUGCUACCACUCAUUUCAAGUAAGAUAUCAUUUUGGGUAUUCUUCGAACUUUCGAUUCAGUCUAUUUCUAUGAAAUUAAGUAUUUUCAUAGCG